AUGUCGGGAGAUCAGCAUGUUGAUAACUCUACUCAAGAGAGAGGUGAUGAAGAUCAUGAUGACGUAGUUGAUGCAAGGCCGGACAGAAGUAGCAGAUUCUCACUUUUUGGAAAAAAAAGGAAGAAUGGAGAAGAACAGCCCAAGUCCACUCUCAGUAAUCAGUACCGAAUUGUUACACCCACAUUCCAGUAUAAUAUGGACUACAAGAAAGUUGGCAAAUGUAUUAUUAUAAACAACAAAAAUUUUGAAGACAAGACAGGAAUGGGUACACGCAAUGGCACUGAUAAAGAUGCUGGAGAUCUAGCUAAGAGUUUUAGAAACUUAGGUUUUGAUGUUUGCACAUACAAUGACAGAAGCCGUGAUGAUAUGGAAAAGUUACUGAAGCAAGCUGCUGAGGAAAAUCACAGUGAUGCCGCUUGUUUUGCCUGUAUCCUUCUAAGCCACGGGGAAGAAGGCCUCAUCUAUGGCACUGAUGGACCCAUGGCUAUCAAGAGUCUGACUGCGCUGUUCAGAGGAGACAAGUGCAAAAGCCUUAUAGGCAAACCCAAAUUAUUUUUCAUUCAGGCAUGCAGAGGCUCUGAAUUUGAUGAAGGCAUACAGACUGACUCUGGACCUGCAAAUGACACUCUGGAAACAGAUGCCAAUCCGAGAUACAAAAUCCCAGUAGAAGCAGAUUUUCUGUUUGCAUAUUCCACGGUACCAGGUUACUACUCUUGGAGGAAUCCUGGAAGAGGCUCUUGGUUUGUGCAGUCCCUGUGCUCUGUGCUAAAUGAGCAUGGAAAACAACUUGAGAUCAUGCAGAUCCUUACACGGGUCAACUAUGUGGUUGCCACAAAUUUUGAAUCCCAGUCUGAUGAUCCACGCUUCAGUGAGAAGAAGCAGAUUCCCUGUGUGGUCUCUAUGCUCACUAAGGAACUUUACUUCUGAAAGUGUAUUUUAUGCAGCCAAUUAUGAAAGAUCAAGAUAUGGUUUUGGGUGGAGAUUUGAAUAUAAACUGGAAUAACAUAUUUUUAAUAACAGAAAUGUAAUUACACUAGACUUUUAUAU